UUAUCCGCUGACGUGACAUUAUUAAGAUAAUGGUCGGAGUUUGGGCUCUCUUUCGUUUCCGUGGUCACCGGAAGCGGAGGGCGGUGACGUCACCGCGGGAAUCCCCGGGACUUUCCGCGGGUCGCAGGUGUGAUCAGGUUCAUCUGACUGAAAACUAUAGAGGGAGUUUUUCCAUCCCUAAAAAGAUCAAAUACAUUUUAAUUGUUUUGUUUACCAUUCAAUUAUGGCCGCUUAGACACCCACAAAAGGGAUGUCCCAUAUGGGAGAGGGGUUUGAGAACACGUAUUUAGUGGUCUGUGUGUGCAUGUUUGUUUAAUCGUACAUUCCUGAGGUAUUUAUGUUUGUAUGCAAACUCAUAAACCAAAUGUUAAAGACGGAAGAGUUAGACAUGUCAUUACUUAAUGUGCAGGGCGUUGAAGUGGAGACUGAUCCUGGGUGAUCUCACACCCCUGUGAUGUCAAAGUUAUUCAUUUCAGGGUGUAUUUUAAUUACACAAUUUGAAAUACUCAUCCUUUUUUACUGCACAUGAUGUGUUAUGUUGGACAUUUAUCCAUUUAGACAGUCUGGAAAGAAAAUGAUGAAGUCUAGUUACGUGUUCAGCUUCAGAGGUUAAAGGGAAGUAAGGAGUUGCAGCUGCCUGCAGCAAUAAGCAGAAGGGGAAGCUGACAUGCAACAUAGUGGUCGGACUGGUAGUUUUACAUUUCUACAGAUCUUACUCGGAUUUAAAGCUCCAUUCUCAUCCGUCCCUUUUAAUUCAUUUGUGUAUUUUCAGUUUUACUGUGAGUAGUUCAUUCGAGUGUGAAUGUGUUUGUGUGGGAGUGUGAGACCUUGGGUUUUCUCAAACCCCUCUCUCUUUAAAGGACAUCUCUUUUUCCCUAUAACCACUUAACUAAAACCCACACAUGGAAACUCUCCUUCAACUAAAAAACAACCAGUUUUUGAUGGGGCUUUGUCGCAAUGGGCCUCCUCCUGACCUGCAGUACGACAACUCCUCAGAGCUCUUCCGCAUCUCCACCUUCGCUCGAUUCCCAGCGUCAGUCGUCACGGAGCGGAGUCUGGCGAGGGCCGGCUGGUUCUACACCGGCGUGGGCGACCGCGUGCAGUGUUUCCGCUGUAAUGUGACCGCGGAGGGCUGGCAGGCCGGAGACUGUCCCACGGAGAAACACCGGCAGCUCUCUCCCGCCUGCCCCUUCAUCCAGAGCCUCCCGUCCACCACCAACCUGCUCUCCUCCUCCCACUCCGCCUUCUCUCCGCUACGCAUCGCCCCGGCUGUACCGCUCUCCGGCCCCGCUGCUCCCAACCCGUCAGCCGGCCAAGGGGAGGACGCGGUGGGCUACCUGAACAUGGCCUUCUCCGCCCCGCUGCCAUCCAGCCCGCUGACGUCCCGUGGCGUGGAGGACAUGUCCCACCAGAGACCAACGUGCCACAUGCCCAGCAUGCGGCGGGAGCAGGACCGGCUGGACUCCUUCCACCCCUGGUCGCUGUCCAUCAUCACUCCCGCCGAGCUGGCCAAGGCCGGCUUCUACUACCUGGGACCGGGCGACCGGGUGGCCUGCUUCAGCUGCGGAGGACAGCUGAGCAACUGGGAGCCAGGGGACCGAGCCGUAUCCGAACACCAGAGGCAUUAUCCAAACUGUCGUUUCGUCCGGGGGGACAGAGCUGACAACGUCCCCCUAGCGGGGGCGGCAGCGACGGCAGCUCCAGCCGCCCCCUCCCAGCUGCCCCCGGGGGCCCCGGCCCUCAGCAGCGUGUCCAACCCGGCCAUGCAGCAGAGCGACGAGCGGCUGCUGACCUUCGUCAACUGGCCGUCUCGUAUCCCCGUCAGGCCCGAACAGCUGGCCAAGGCCGGCUUCUACUACGUAGGCAGAAACGAUGAUGUCAAGUGUUUCUGCUGCGACGGAGGCCUGCGAUGCUGGGAAUCUGGGGACGAUCCUUGGGUGGAGCAUGCAAAGUGGUUUCCCCGAUGCGAGUAUCUGCUGCAGGAGAAGGGGCAGGACUUUGUUCACCAAAUUCAGGCUCGAUUUCCUCGCUUGUUCGAGCAGCUUUUAACGAAUGGAGACAGCAGUUCCAGAGAGUUUAUGGAUCCGCCAGUGGUUCAUCUGGGUCCGGGAGAGGAGCGCUCCGAAGACGCGGUCAUGAUGAACACCCCCGUGAUCAAGUCCGCCCUGGAGAUGGGCUUUGAGCGCAGCCUCGUGAAACAGACGGUCCAGAGCAAGAUCCUGACGAGCGGAGAGAACUACCGCACGGUCCAGGAGCUGGUCUUAGACCUGCUGAGUGCUGAGGACCAGAAACGGGAGGAGGAGCGGGAGAUGCUCGCUGAGGCCAUGGCGUCAGAUGGUUUUACAUUCGUAAAGAGGCACCAGACAGCUUUGAUCCAGCGCCUGAAGAGCGUCGAGCCGGUGUUGGAACAUUUAAGAGAGCAAAAUGUGCUGACGGCGGAGGAGUACAGCGGCCUCCUGGCUCAGACGUCGCCGCAGCAGCAGACCGCCAGGCUGAUCGAGCUCAUCCUCACCAAGGGAAACGCCGCCGCCGAGGUUUUCCGCAACUGGAUCCAGAAAAAUGACGUCCACCUGCUCCGAGACCUCAUGGCUCAGUCAAAUGAAGCCUCCUCCCCGAGCCAGGACCUUUCAGCAGAUCUUCCGAUGGAGGAGCAGCUGCGGCGCCUGCAGGAGGAGCGGACCUGCAAGGUGUGCAUGGACAAAGAGGUCAACAUCGUCUUCAUCCCCUGUGGACACCUGGUGGUGUGUAAGGAGUGCGCCCCGUCCCUGCGAAAGUGCCCCAUCUGCCGAGGCCUGGUUAAAGGCACAGUCCGGACUUUCCUCUCAUAACAGCAGGCCGUGCCUGGAGCUUCGUGUCUCACCGCCGCGGUUGAGUGUAGACAAUAGUCUUAACAUCUGUCUUAACGAGCAGGAAGGUUGCCGCUCGGAUGUGAACGCUGACCUGUUCAAGUUUGCAGAGCUAUUUCUGAACUAUUCUAUAAAGUUUUCACAUGAGUUCUUUGUGUAUAUUUAUCAAACAUAAUAUAGUGAAAUGUUUGGAGAAUAAAUACAGUUUUUGUUAGUGCAAUCAUUUGUUUACAUCUGGACAAAAGUUUUGAAAAACCACACAAACAUUGGCUGCAUUAUGUUAAUAGUUGUGUUUAGAGACGGUGACAUUAUUGUCCAGUACUGAUUGUAAUUUUUGUCAAAGACGUGAAUCAACAGCCGUUAUUUUUAGAAGCCAGGUACAAGUUUGCAUCCACAGGCAGCUACUCAAAUUAAUAAAUAAUCAAUUGACUAAAUGAUUAUAAAAUGCAGCAGGUCAGAAUAAUUGAUUCCCAACAAAUCCCCAAAGAUUGUUUCUUCAAUGAGGUUGAUCUAAAUUAAGUCAUCAGACCUACGAUGAGGCUAAACGGGAUCUUCAUCACAGCAGGUCUCAUUCAUCCGCUGUAUAAUUGAAUGUCAUUCUGCAGAAAUUAAAACCUACAUGUAACAAA